AUGGUCGAUCCGAAUCGUAAAAUAAAUCGUCAGCCCGUAAAGGAUCUGAACUUCCUGGAGGAAUGCGAAGCUGAGUUUGGCUCGCGCUACACAGAAGACGAUGACGAGUUUAUGGCACACUGCAGCAAGCCAGUGGCCGGGCCGCCAAUAGUCGGGAACUGGAUGAGCGGUGGGGGAGGAGGCGGCGGUGGUGGCAGAGGAUACUCUGGUAACAAUCGAUACAAUGGCAAUCGCAGAGGCGGCGGAGAUCGUGGCUGGAACAGGCGUGAAGGAGGCGGAGGCGGAGGAUACCAUCACAAUAACCACGAUAGGGGGGGAUACAGAGACAAUCACAAUCGCAAUCGGAACAGAUACGAUGUAUAUCAGCGCAGAGAUCGUGGCCAUCAUCAUGGAGGCGGUAGUAGAGAUGGCGACGGGGGCUAUGAGCGCAGUGGUGGCGGUGGAGACGACCACCACCAUGGUGGUGGUGCUGGUGGGGGCGACCGCAAACGUUCCUUCGAUCAACGAUCCUCGCGCAACGACUCGCAUGGCAGAGAUCAGCCACCGAUCAAGGUCAGACGGGACUACGGUAACUUUGUGCCAGCAUCCAAGGAUUAGCAAUCGAAAUUAGUAUAAGUACUCUCAAUGUUUGAUGUUUGAUCAAUUAUACACAUACAUAUAAUAUA